CUCGGUCGAAAGGACAAAAGCAGUCAGCUCUCACUCAAACUAACAGUCAACAUUGUAGUCAUGAUUCAGUGGAUCCUGUUAACACUCUCAUCUCUGAUAAUCCAUCAAUCUCUAUCUAUCAUACCCAUACCGGGGAAGUACACUGCUGAUAACGAGUAUUGUGUUAUCAAAGAACCGAUUGAAUUCCGUGGGAAUUAUCAUUCGUGUAUUACAAUGAAGGAGGCUAUUAAACGAUUUCAACGACGCCUUCAUCAAGAAGAUUUUCCGCAAUUAACUGCAAACAAAACCUCGUGCUUAUUCAUCACAAUUCGGUUGACAAUUACGGGAGGAUGUGAUGAGAGAGAAGCAGCACUGAGGCCAUCAAACACCAUGGAUGAAUCAUAUUCCAUUGCUUUCAUAGGAGAUGACAUUAGUUUCACAGCUACCGAAGUGUGGGGAAUCCUGCACGGAUUGGAAACCAUAUUACAACACAUAUACAGUGAUGACUGUGGUGCAAAAAUCAUAAGAAAAUUCAUAGUGCAAGAUUCACCCAGAUUUCCACAUCGUGGACUCAUGCUAGACACAUCGAAACAUUUCCUCACCAUCGGAGAAAUCCACAAGUUCAUUGAUGCAAUGGCCAUGGUGAAAAUGAAUGUUCUACACUGGCACAUCACAGACACUGAAUCAUUCCCAUACGUCUCCUCCACAUAUCCUGAACUGUCAAACAAGGGUGCAUAUCAUCCUGAGGCGUACGUGUACGAGCGUAAUGAGAUAGUUGAUUUGGUGGAGUAUGGGCGUGUUCGUGGAAUUCGAAUAAUUCCGGAGUUCGAUACACCAGCACAUACACAGUCAUGGGGAAAUGGCUAUCCCGAUGUACUCACUCCCUGUCACACUCAAGACGAAGAAGGAAAUCAGAUACUCGGUCCCGUCAAUCCAACCAAUCUCACCUUCAUUCACAAUUUGUACCAGGAAAUUCUCAGUGUAUUUUCUGCUGACAACCACGUUCAUUUGGGCGGUGAUGACGUGGAUUUCACAUGCUGGCAGUCCAAUCCCGAAAUCACAAAUUUCAUGCAGGAGAAACAAUUCAACACUGACUACUCACAGUUGGAAAACUACUACAUGGAACAACUUGUAGAAAUUGUCAAAUCGUCAUCGUUGGUAUCUGGAUCUGCAAUGGUUCCGAUUGUUUGGCAGGAUGUAUAUGAGAAUGGAUUUCGUAGUGACAAGGAUAUGAUUGUUCAAGUGCACAAAUCUGAAGGAUGGAAGAAGAGUGUUGAGGAGAUCACGGGAGCGGGAUUCAAAGUUCUCAUUUCGUCGUGUUGGAAUUUCAGUGAUGUGGGUGUCGGAGAUGACUGGCAGUUGUUCUACGAGUGUGAUCCCUUGAAUUUCGAAGGUAGUUCAGAGAAAUCCACACUGGUGGUUGGAGGAGAAGGUGUGAUUCCGGGGGACUACGUGGAUGAUGUGAAUCUGAUGUUGGUUUCAUGGCCUCAUGCUGCUGCAAUAGCUGAACAACUCUGGUCUCAAGAGAGAACGAGCACAAGUGAUUUCGGUGACCGCCUGAGUGAGCUUCGUUGUCGAAUGAGAAGACUAAAUUGGAAUGUCCAACCAGUCAAUGGAGCAGGAUUCUGUCCAAUCUGAUUGACCACGAACCGAAGCGUCUCCUUCCACUUCACACACACCAUGCACAAAGUCAGUGUGUGUGUGUGUGCAUAUUUUCACCAAAAUGUGACUCUGUAAAUCAUGCAAGUGAUUUGGUACAGCGUCAUUCUAUUUUCUCCCCUUCUCUUUCUUCUCCCACCUAAGUAACCUCACAUUCAUUUUCACAAAUAUACAAAUAUUCAG